AUGCCGUCUCAGGGUCGCUGCUGGGAGACCCUGGAGGCGCUGCGCAGAUCGGAGAAAGGUCGCCUCCGCUACAACCGUGACUUGGUGCUGUGGAGCGACGAUAUUUUAGAAGAAAGUAUGCCUCCUCCCAAGCUAUCUUCUUACUGUGGAUGGGUGAUAGAUCAUGUCUUAGCCCAUCAGCAAGAGAGCCCACUUCCCUCAAAAACUUCAACAUCCUCUAGAUCUACUGCAGACCUAGACCAGCCUUCAUUUGUUCCCACAUCUCCUCUCACAAGCCUUGCCUUCCCACCAGCCUCCUCAGCACCAAAAGGAACCAAGGGAAGGAGCAAACAAGAGUCACAGCAUGCAGGAAGUACGGCACGUCCAUCCCCCCAGAUCACAGUGGAAGGCUGCCUCCGGCUGUAUGAGGUGCUGCGCAAACAGGAAACAUGGGAGAGGCUGAGGUGCCGACAGGAGUUUAUAGAUAAGACGAUGCGAGGCUUUGCUGAUGCGGCUUCCGAACAACUGAAGCAGUAUGAUGCACGGCGGGCGCUGGAGCGUCGUAAAGAACUCCAGGACCUACGCAAAAUGAUGGAGAACAGCUCCAGAGAAGCCCUGUUACGCCACGAGAAACUCAAAGCCGAGCAUCGUCGCAGAGCAGAGAUGCAAAAUCAGAGGCUGUGGGAGUUAGAGCAACAGCGCCUGCAGCAAGUCGAACAAGAGCGGCUGCGGAAGGAAGAAGGCCGGAUCCGCCUGCAGAGACUCUACACCCUGCAGGAGGAGAUGCUGCACCUCAUCCGGCAGCUGGACACCUUGGAGCAGCAGCACAGGGGCCUGAAGGUUGACCUUCCUGCCUUCCGCACCCGAGGCAACCGGCUGUGUGGCAUCAUCUCCAGGAUCAUCUGGGCCAAUUGUGAGAACAGCCUUCCCACGGCAGAGGACCAGGCUGUGGCCGAGAGGGCUCUGCAGGAAAUGUGGGUCCUCCUUAGGAACAUGGAGCAGGAGAUCGCCAGGGCCUGUGAGGACAAGAGGAGGCAGGAGGCGGAGGAGGCCCGGUUAAAGCAGCAGGAGUCCCAGGGGAAGCAGGGGCCUGAGGUCCACACAGAGUCCCCGGAUCCCAGCCAGGGCCUAGGAAGGAAACAGAAUGACGAACUCCAGUUCAAUGCACAAGACAGCACAAUGCAGUGGUACCAGCAGCUACAGGACGUUGCCAGUCAGUGUGUGUUGGCCUUUGAGGGACUGACCAGCAGCAAAGACAGUCAGGUCAGAAAGAUAAAGAUGGACCUCCAGAAGGCUGCCACCAUCCCAGUGAGCCAAAUCUCCACCCUAUCAGGCUCAAAGCUGAAGGAGGUCUUUGACAAGAUCCAUGACCUACUCUCUGGAGAACCUGUUCAGUGUGGUGGGUGCACCGUGUCUGUCACACUUCACCCACAGGGCCUGGACUUUGUGCAGUACAAACUGGCAGAGAAAUUUGUGAAACAAGGAGCUGAGGAAGUGGCCUCGCACCAUGAGGCAGCGUUUCCCAUCGCAGUGGUGGUGUCCGGGAUCUGGGGACUCUUCCCCAAAGUGGGGGCCCUCAUUCUGGCUCAUCUGCACAAGAAUUGCCCUUACUCAGUUCCUUUUUACCCAGCCUUCAAGGAGGGCAUGGCUUUGGAAGACUAUCAGAGGAUGCUUGGCUACCUAGUGGAGGAUUCCAAGGUGGAACAGCAGAGCAGAUUUCUGAAACGCAUGUCUGGGAUGAUCCGUCUGUAUGCUGCCAUCAUCCAGCUCCGGGGGCCAUAUGACAGCGAACAGGAGGCUUAUCCUCAUGUCUUAAAUCAUGGCUGGCGUUGGUUGGCAAAGAUCUUAAACAUGGAGCCACUGUUGGACGUGACAGCCACCCUCCUCUUUGACUUUCUGGAGGUAUGUGGGAAUGCCCUCAUGAAGCAAAACCAGGUCCAGUUCUGGGAAAUGAUGCUUUUCAUCAAGGAAGACUACUUACCCCGGAUCGAAGCCAUCACAAGCUCAGAGCAGAUGGGCUCCUUCACACGCCUCAAACGGUUUGUGGAGGAAUGUUGGCAGUGCAAGGAGAUUCCUGUGCCUGAGGGCUUUCUGCCUCCCUCCUUCUGGCAUUCCUGAUGUCUGCCAUCAUCCAUCACCACCAUUUUGUUGUGGAACAACAGUAAUAAAGCAGCUCAAGACAACUGUAUUUGGAAGAAAGCAUGUCAGAUGCAGAAAUCUACCAAUACUCAUCUUUAUAUAUUUGUGUCUUUUGACCAGGAAUGAAGAUUUUCAUGGGUCACAAAACCUAGGUGGCCCCUUAGUAGAUCUGAUGACUCCCUAAGG